AUGCCAAGAGGUAAACAAUUCACAUCAGAAAAGGAGAGCACUGUACAGAAAGGGAGCAAUGAACAAGAUGAGGAUAUAAACAUUAGAGAUAUUGACCUGGUGACCGAUGGAGCCGAAGAUAGCGAACAAGAAAGUUUAGUCAGAUUAUCACAACAAACACAAGAUAGACGUCAACGAAGCAGAGAGAGUUUCAGAGACCCACUGCUUCUGUCAGAUGUAGAAAAUAAUGAAGAUACCGAUGCACUAAUGGAAGAACCAAUAUUGGUUGCAGAAGAAGACGAUGGCGACGAAGAUGGAGAUGGAGAUGACGACGAAGAAGACGAAGACGAUGAAGGGGAUGAUUCAGAAGAUCACGAUAAUGAAGAAGAUGAUGAAGGAGACGAUGAUUUUGAUAUGGAACCAGCAGAUUUCUUAAGAAGAUUGCUACAACCGCGUUCAAGACCAAGACAAACGAAUGUAGAUGUCGACCAUCCCGAUGAAGUUGACGAGGAACAUCACGACGAUGACGACUUGGAUCCUGAUGAUCCACGUGCCGAGUUUUUACGCGCUAUUGGAGCACUUUCUGGGGGCAGAGGAAGUGAUGGUGAAAAUCAGCCAGCAGGAUUUGCUGAUGUCAUGCAAAGAUUGAUUGGUAGCGGAAUGAUGUUUGGGGGUCGUGGAUCUGGGGGCCAGAGUAGCGAGAUAGAUGCUUUACUUAACAAUUUAAAUCAAAGAACCGACACGUAUAUUAUACUCGAAUCAUUGAAUGAAUUAUCGGAGAGACUCUUGAUGAUGAAUGGAAUAACAGCUGAAAGACUUAUUCCAGCAAAUCGUCUAGCAAGAAGUUUAGUCAAUAUCCUUAAUGAUCCUACAUUGGAAGAAGAAUUGGAAUUAACCUUAGUUGCAUGUCGAUGCUUAUACAAUUUGGUAGAAGUAAAUCUAGAUUUUAUCCAUGAUGCACUUAACAAUGAUGCAGUUCCGACUUUGUGUAACAAGUUGCUAGAAAUAAAGUAUAUUGACUUGACAGAACAAGCCUUACAAGCGCUUGAGAUGAUUUCCAGGGAUCCAAUCUCUCAUAACAGCAUUAUCUCGAACAAUGGAUUAAUGGCGUGUCUUCAAUAUUUGGAUUUUUUAACGAUUCAUGCCCAAAGAAAAUGUUUAACUAUAGUUUCCAAUUCAUGCAGCAACAUAUCAGUUUCUAAUUUUCCUAUGGUUAGGGAUGCACUUGGGAGUAUUUCAGAGGUGGUAAGAAAUCAUAACGAUCAAAUAGUAGUCGAAAAGGCAUGGUUAACUAUAUCGAGGAUUAUUGUAUGCUUCAGAAAUAAACCUGAAUAUCUUAACGAAUUAUUUGCGGACAAGAAUCUAUUACUCAAAGAACUCACUCAGAUUAUUUCUAUAAGUUGCAACAAAGCACUGAAUAACAAUACUAAUGACAAUAGAGUUGUGUUGAACUACAGCUCAUGCCUCAGCUUAAUCAGUUCAUUGACUAUCUUAGCCAGUGUUAGUAUCGAUGUGUCAAGAAUUUUGAUUGCAGAAUGUAAUAUCGGUGGUAUUGUGGUUAAAUCAUUAAACAAAUAUGCUAAAUCCAAAUCAGAAGAGCUGACAUCUACUAGUUCCGAAGUCAGCAUAUCAAUGGAAGCUUUAAUGGCAGCUCCUAAAGAGUUAACUUCUACCUUUUUAACGAUGCUUGGAUAUUUGUUGCCCAUCAACUAUACUUCAUCAGACGCAUUGUACUUGAGAGAUAACUUUGAAGAAUACGACGAGAGGAAAAAGCUCAAUGAGACUAGACUUGAGUUGUGUGAAUCAAUUAUACCUAAUGAAUAUCGUCAAUUUGUCAGUGAUAUUUGGACCAUGUUAAUUAUUAGUUUUGAAGCAACAAUGGAUUUUGAAAUCAGGCGAAAGUCCUUCAUCAAUUUAUACCGAAUUAUUAACUCGGUUGUGGACAAUGAUUUUUCAUUUUUGGAAAAAUUUGAUGCCAUUGCCAGGCUUUUAGCCUCUGUUGUCAACCAAUGCAAGCCAACCAUUCAUAAAGAAUUUGCCCACCAAAACCGAGAAACUGGAUAUAUUCAUGACGUGGAAAUGGCAACUAGCGAUAAUGAAGGAGAACAUUGUGAGGAUGCCGAUGACGAAAUACGAAGUGAAGAAGAUGACCACGAUCAUGAUGAUAGCGAGGAUGAACAUGAAGAUAUGCCACGACGCAUUCGUGAAAGUCAUAGAGUUCCAGAAAAUGCCAACAGAAAUUCCAAUACAUUACUUCUAUCUGCAUUCAGAAUAAUUAAAGUAUUACUCGAAAAGGCGCCAUCUAUCGUCAUUAACCCGUUUGAAAGAGAAGGUCUAGUCAAAGAUGUAGAUGUUAUAUUGGUUGAUUUAACAGGAAAUGUAGAAAUUCACGAAAUCAGACAAGGUACGCCCGUGCAUUCCAUUGCAGGUGCUUAUUCUAGUAAAUAUAUUGAUACAGAAUUUACGAAGGAGUAUGAAUCAAGAUUAACCAAUGAAAAGUUGUACAGCAGAAUCUUACAAAUAGGGACCGAAAUUGAUAAUUUGUACAAAUCUGAAAAAUUCAAUGAGGAUGGAGCCAAUAUUACGGAACAGAUGCAAAUUCUUGAGAAUAUUAAAAUUACACUUCUGGACCAAAGGAUUCGGAAAUUAUUUUCAUUUGAAGAUUGGAUAGGAUUAUGGGAUACUUUUAAAAUCACCUUGAAUGGAGGUACUGAAGUUGGUCAAAUCUCAAGUUUUGAAUUGAUUUCUUCUGGAUUAAUUGAAGUUUUGAGCAAUAUACUCUCUUGUGAAGGAGAUAAUGGUGGAAGUAUUGAUGUCAGUAAUUGUUAUCGAGCCUUUAUUAGUUCAUUCUUCAUACGUGAUGAACACAAAAAUUCUGGUAAAUUACUAGUGAGCAAACUUCAAGAAGCCUUAACCAGAUCGGAAUCCUUUGAUAUAGUUUCUGCAGGAACUGCAACUAAUCCGUCCUUGGGCUAUAAUUAUCUCAGAGCCGAUCAAAAUCAAGCUAGCAUCAUGGCAAAUCAAAUCAAGCUUAAAUUAUCUCCAGCUGAACGUGCUGGUACUGCAACUAAUGGUAUAGAAGAUGAUAAGAUAGCGUCACUUAUGCAGAGUAUGAUUUUGUCAGUCCAUGCCAUUGCUACAUUUAAAUCGGUAUUUACGUUUUUGAAACAAAGGUUUAGAUUGCUUGAUGAAUUAUCUGCUAAUGGGGCCAAUAAUGAUGACGAGUUGGAUGAAGAUGGAAAUAAGAAAUCUAAAAUGAAUAUAGAAUUCUUGAUAAAUGGUGAAGUUGUGCCGACUGAAACCACCAUCUAUGGUGCAAUCUAUAGGUCCUUGCAAAGUAAACCAGAUCAAAUUAUUGAUCCUAGUAAGAUUUGGUCAGUUGUUCAUAAUAUCACGUAUAGAAGGGUAAGUAGCGAAGUUCAAAAGGAGAGUGCGAUUUCCAGUUAUAAUUUCAGUUAUGAUGAGAAGGAAUUGGAAAUAUAUGAUAAACCUACUAUAAGUAUCUUGAAAUUGUUAAGAAUUUUAUAUGAAAUGAAUUCAUUUGUGAAAAAUAACAUUGCUGAAGCUGAUAUUGUCCCCACCAAAGAUUUUACAAAUUGGAAAUUAAGUGUUAAAUUGAAUAGACAAUUAGAAGAACCUUUAGUAGUUGCAAGUGGUACAUUGCCUGGGUGGAGUAUUCAUGUUACGAAACAAUUUCCAUUUAUUUUCCCAUUAGAAACCAGAAUAUUCUUCUUACAAUCUACGUCUUUUGGAUAUUCGAGAUUGAUAAAUCAAUGGCAAAUUAGAACUAAUCAAGGUAAUGAAGAAACUAAUAAUAACAACCCUAGUGGCCAGGGAACUCAAUUAGGUAGACCUACGAGACACAAGGUUAGAAUUUCCAGAAAAAUGAUGCUUCAGAGUGCACUUAAGGUGUUGGGAAUGUAUGGAUCUACUCCAGGAAUUUUAGAAAUUGAAUAUUUCGAUGAAGUUGGUUCUGGUUUAGGUCCAACUUUAGAAUUCUAUUCCACUGUAUCAAAAGAAUUCUCCAAGAAGAAAUUAAGAUUAUGGAGAAAUCAAGAUUCGAAUAACGACGAUCCAGAAUCAUAUGUUGUUUGCAAACACGGUUUGUUCCCAUUGGCUAUGGAUAAGAAUGCUAUUGGAACUGAAAACGGAAAGAAGGUGUUGUUUUUCUUUUCUUCAUUGGGUAAAUUCAUUGCUAGAGCAUUAUUAGAUUCUAGAAUUAUUGAUUUUAAUUUCAAUCCGGUAUUCUUGAAGCUUGUCCAAUUAUUUAAUCAAUAUGCCAACAAAUCGAGUGCUAAGUUGUUAAGGAAGAUGUCGACAGUGGCGAAUUUGAGAAUAGUAGAUCCCGAAUGGGCUGAUUCGAUUGAUCAUUUAUACAAAUAUGUGAACCAAUUCAAGACUGUUCCAAUUGAAGAACGUGAUUCUAUUAUGGUUGAUGGUGCUACUAUUAAGGAUCUUGCUAUUUAUUUUGAACUUCCUGGAAAUCCCGAUUAUGAAUUGAUUACCAAUGGGAAUGAGAUUCAAGUAACGGCACAAAAUUUGGAGAUGUACAUUAAUAAAGUAUUAGAAGCUGUUUUAUAUACUGGAAUAAUUCAUCAAACUAAAGCAUUCAUGGAUGGAUUUUCAAAAGUAUUCCCAAUUAAUGCAUUAAUAAUUUUCUCGCCUCAAGAAUUAGUUGAAUUAUUUGGAAAUGCAGAAGAAGAUUGGUCUUAUGAUACUUUAGCCUCGGCAAUCAUUGCCAAUCAUGGAUAUACAAAAGAAUCAGAUGCUAUUAAAUCUUUGAUUGAGAUUUUGAUUGAAUUUAAUGGGGAUCAAAAGAGAGCAUUUUUACAAUUUUUAACUGGGGCACCAAAGUUACCAAUUGGAGGGUUUAAGGCAUUGACACCUGAACUAACUGUAGUUAGAAAGAAUGCUGAAGAUGGAUUGAAGGAUGAUGAUUAUUUACCAAGCGUUAUGACAUGUGCUAAUUAUCUUAAGUUGCCCAAUUAUUCAAGCAAAGAUAUGAUGAGGGAGAAGUUGAUGCAAGCCAUUAGUGAAGGUGCUGAAGCAUUCUUGUUGUCGUAG